AUGUCAUCUUCUACCCAAGAUGUUUAUGAUGAGUUUGGCAGACCAACAGUCCUUUCUGCCAUGGACGGAUUCAAUGGUCAGUAUGCUACAUAUACCGUAGGAGUUAUACAGGCCUAAUAGCACUUUUCAUAGAUAACAUCAAAAGUUAUUGUAUGAGAGCCAUUAAUGCUAUAGAGGGUGUCAGAAAAAGCUGCAUUGCCCAAUGUACAGUUCUGCAAAUUGCAGGAUGAACCAAAAACAAAACACAAAAAAGGAAAGCAUGAAUUACUUAUUGAUUGAGUUAGAUCAAGUCAAAUUUGAAAGAAAAAAAAAUUGGCUCUUGGUCGAGACCCACACUUUGAGAAAGUGAAUAAUGAAGGUCGGGGUUCAAGACCUAAGCCAGCCCUAUUGUGUUCUUAACCCUUUAACUCUGGGCAGAAGUAAUUUACUUGUAACUUCUCCCUAUAAUAUCCAUACAUUACCCAGCCAACAGGUAAUGAGAAUAUUAAGACUUAUCAGGCAGUUGUUAUCUUGAUCUAACACCAAAUUCUCAUAACUUGUUUACAAGGAAAUGUGUAGCAGUUAGAGGGGAGAAUACAUGUAAUCAUUGGAUCUUUGGAGUCAAAGGAUUGAGCCACACACUUUAUUCUCAAUGACAAUAUCUCUUUCUCCCCCAUGCCACAUUGGUUUGAAGGGUGAAUAAUUAAUGCUAUUCAACAGAUAAAUUGCUAUCCAGCAAAUUGGUUUUAACAAAAUGAUGGGUAUUGCUAUCCGCUGGAUAGAGAUUUAUAUCCUCAUACCCAUCAUUUGAACAAUUAAGUUCAGGAGUGUAAAUGGAUGGUGGCAAAUUGUCAGAGAAGCAGCAUUUGUACAAAUGGAUUGGCAUUGGGCUGGAGGAGAGUAUUGAGGUUCCUCCUUGCAUAGCCAUAUAACUUGGCUAAGGUCCCAUAGGAUGGUGUAUUCAGCUUGUAAAGGGGUUAAGUUUUUAAAGAAACUGAUGCUGUAUUGGUGGAAGAGUGCAACAGGGUAAUUUGGUAUCAUCAACUGAGUUGAUAAUCUUAAUUGGCCACCAAAAAGUGUUUCAAAGCUGACGUUAGAAGCAUUUGCCCUUCUUCAGAGCAAAGGUUGUCAGCUUGUAAGCUGACUUUAUCCAAAGACUUACACCCAUCAACUAUUAAAAUCUGUUUUUAGGAACUCUUUUUGCGUAUGGGCAGACAUCAUCUGGGAAGACUCAUACCAUGAUGGGAGAUGGAAAGUACAAAGGAGUCAUCCCCAAAGCUAUUGGGGAAAUUUUUGACUAUAUUGAAAAGGUACUGUAUUCUGUGUUUAACCUGCCAACCAUUAAGUGAAUUUUUUUAAAAAAUGCUGUGAUCCAAUAGGUUCCUCUCCAAUGUGGUUACCAUUCAUUUUCUUUUCAAACAGCUGAGGAAAUCUGGUGCUAUGUACAGUAGUCAAGACAUUCUCCUUUAAGUUGAAGUAAUUAUGUAUUGAUCAUCUCUUCUCUGGGUGAUGUGCUUACUGAGAGAUACAAACUAAGUUAUUUUUGAUCAACAAAACUCUAGUUACAGUAGCCUACUGAAUAUGAUUAUGAAAUUGAAGUAAGUAGGGUACAUUUCUAACAGAACUGUGAUGUUGCAUUGGUGGGGGGUGGGGGAUGGGGUAUUAUGAGACAAUUUAGUUUUAAUUUAUCAACUGAGUUGAUAAUUUAAAUUUACCAGUUUAGAGUUUCUAAAAAUGAUGUCUUGAGUGUUAGCCCUUCUUCGAAACUGAGAGCUAAUAGCAUAACACUGUAGGGCUUGAAACACCAACUUUACAAACUCUUUAUGAUGGCCUGUUACAUGUACAUUACCAUUAAGUAUAUGAAAUUGAAGACAAGUGUUGUUUAUGUUCAUUCUGUUGCAUUGAAAGUUAAAUUUAAAGAAAGGAAAGGAGACAAGGGUUUCAAAAAUUAAUGUUUUGAAGUAGUCAUCAGACUCUACAAAAGUAGGUGCCUAGGUAAUUUUUUGACCAAAGUAACUGAUGACAUGUUAUCAGGUAGCGGGCCAAACUCUGGCUGUUGCCAGCUUGUUUUGAAACCCCUGAGGAGAGAGUUAAGGUGGCGGGGUAAUCAUUUUUCUCUUUUCAAUUAUUUAAUAUUAGUCUAUUGACAUCCUAUUUUAUUUAUUUAUUAUUGUUAUCUUAUUUUUUUUUUUAUUUUUUACAGAAUCCUUCUAGAGAAUUUUUAAUACGAGUUUCAUACAUAGAGAUCUACAAUGAGGUAACUACAUAAUAAUACACUGUUGAUGAUACUUCAUAAUCGUACAAAUAAAAUUUGAAAGGCAUACAAACAGUCAAUAAAUCAGUUUGAAUUGCACUUUCUACUGUCACUCCUGGCAAACUAUAAAUUUAAUAGAGAUAAUAAGAGUUUACCCACCUGUAAACAAGUUUAAUUGCCUUUUUACUACUUGAUGUUCGUUAUUUGAUAAUUGAAAGAACAGUACAUGCUCUGCUGGGAUUUUUAUACAAAUCUCAGCUUGAUUCAUAAUUUAAGAUAAUGCUCAUUGACUACUGCAAUUAUGGAGACUACUGAUGGCCAAACUUGUUUCACGCAUGGUCAGAUCAUUUGACAUCUUCCCCCCACAAUGCCUUGCUUCAAUCCGAAGGGGGUAACUACCAGUCCAUUCAAAUGUAGAGGUCUGGCAAGACUUAGGAGUUCUUGUACCAGAGAGAGAGAGAGAAAAAGAGUUUGUCAGAUUUUUGUCCUUUGUUCAACUUUGUUUAUUUAUGUCAUUUAUUUAUCUAUUUAUCAGGACAUAAAAGAUCUGCUGAAUCCUGCGAAAACUAAUCUCAAAAUACAUGAAAAUGCUCAGGUAGGAUGACGAAAUCCCUGGAAGAAAAAAAAAAUUAAUAAUAAUAAAUUAAAAUGAAUAAAAAUGAAGAAAGUUUUGUUGUGUACAGUAAGUAGCAUAUGUACAUUGAUGACCGUGCUUCACCUCGGAAAUAAAUAGAAUCUGAUUUGAAUGGCAUCAAAUGAAUUGCAUAUAAAGGAUUGACUGUUGACGUUUGCGGGCCUUUAGAUCUCAAAGCGUUUCGCGAAACUAGCUCGUGAAAAUUGUGUUAGCUAGCGCCGUCGAUUCACCAGCGAUAGACUAAAAAUUUAAGAGAAACUUUCAAACGUUAUUUCAAAUGGCAAAUUUGUAAUUUUUAGCUUAAUACACCUUUACUCAUUAGUCAUUGUGUACCAAAAACGCGAAACGUUAAUCGAGUGUUUGUGGAUCGGAAAAAGUCUUAAAACGUUACAACCCGCCAUCUUGGGAUUGAAGGAGAGUUCGAGGAGAGACUGGGUUAAGGGAAACCAAGUUAUUGUUUGCCCAAUAAUAUAGUAGGAAACUGUUUUUAAAAAAUUAAUCCGUUGCUUUUGUUUUUUAGAAACAAGUAUACGUUGGUGAUCUGACAGAGGAGGUGGUAUCCUGUAGCGAAGAUGUCUUCAAACACAUGAUGCGAGGAGAGAGUAAGUAAAUAUCGCAUUUACUCCAGAAAGUUCUCGUAAGCAAAGGUCAUUUUAACCAUUUAACUCCCAGAAGUGAUUAAAAUGUAACUUCUCCCCAUGAAAUUUAUAUUAUCCAGCAACGCAGGUAAUGAGAAUAGCCAAACUGAUCUUUGACCCACUUUUCUUCUUUGAAAAAUUGCCUCCUCAAAGUGACUAAUUUGUUAACACUUAACAAAGAUUAAGCUUAGAUAUAAAGAACGACUUGAGGCUCUAACGCCGUCCUUUGAUUGACACCCGAAGGUGCAAUUAUACAGCCGUUUACCUGCAGGAUCGACCAUCUGAACGCAGUGAAUUUUAAUAAAAUGGUGUUUAAGAAUCCUUAAUUUAUUUAUCUAUUUGCAUUUUUUUUCCGUAGAAAAUCGACAUUUUGGUGUUACUAAUAUGAACGACCGCAGCAGCAGAAGUCAUACAAUUUUUCGGGUGGUAAGUUUGCACUUGUCACCGUCCCGCUAAACACACAUAAGUAAAUAUCAAAAAUAAUUUCUGUGCCCUCACCAAACUCGCUUCAUUAAAGACAAUUCUUUACUUCAGCUAGUGAUUUCAUACGGCUACCGCAGGCACAAUGAGUAGCAAAAGUAGUUACCGUGCCUUCUCUCAGUGAAGUGUUAUUAUUUUGCGUUAUUUUAUGUUCAAGGUUAUUGAGAGCCGUGAAAUGAUGGACGAAAGCAAGACUCCUGAUACAAUAGACGGCGCAGUUCGAGUAGCACAUUUGGUAAACAAAUAACUCUUAGUCUAAGUAAUAAUAUGAUUUCGAGUGCAGUUGGGUGUUAAAAGAACGAGGAAAUAUUUCAAAGUCAACAAAAUUGCACGUGCCCGUUAGGCAGCUGCAAUUUGCAGUCUUUAUUUACACCAAAUUGCUAGAGAAAUCAUUUUCUUUCUUAUUUAAAAUCUACCUUUAAAAAAAACAUCACAGUGGGUCCAGAUUGACGGAAUUUUGGAAGUUUGCGUGCGCUAAUUGUAAUUUGCACUCGUGUUCCAACUUUGCACUUGUGUUACAUGAGAUUGCACUCUGCCGAUCAAAAGCGCGUAAUUUUUCCAUAGACAUUAUUACAUACGUAAUCAGCAUUUCUUCAUGUUUCAAUUUACACAUUGCAAGUUAGACAAACUGGUAAUUUUAUGAGGUAAAAAGAUCUUAAUUUUGGUAAAUUUGUAAUGUGUUCUUUUUUAAUAAAUGAAAACGUAAUUUGCUGCACUUGCUUCCUAUUAAGACCAAUGUGAAAGAUCGUGAAAUUUACACUUACGAUAUCUACUUUAAAAACUUUUUUCUUUCAUUUUAUAACGACCAAGUAGCGGUGGGUCUAGAUAAACAGAGUCUAAUUGAAUUUUUGUUAAUGCUUACUCUCGAGGUCGAGCUUCACCCCCGCCUCAACUCUCUUCCCAUUCUGUUUCCUUGAUCUUACUUCCUUACCCACUUUGUAACAUCCACCUGUGUUUGUUUCUUCUUUUUCAGAACCUGGUUGACUUAGCAGGCUCAGAAAGAGCAUCGCAAACUGGAGCUUUUGGUUAGCUCAUAUUUGUCUUUGUCGUUGAUGUUGUCGCUAUUGUCCAAUGAUUUGUCAGAUUUUUGUCUUCAGUUGAACUUUAUUCAUCAACUUAUUUAUUUAGUUAUGUGAUUUCAAGUUUGCCUUAACUUCAAAGCAAUGUUGUUUGAAUUUCUCAGGUCAAAGAUUGAAAGAAGGCGGGCACAUAAACAAGAGUCUUCUGGCCCUGGGCUCUGUUAUAGCCAAGCUAAGUGAAGGAGAAAGGUAAGAAUAUUUCAUCCAGCCUGAUAGAACGCGUUUUACUCCUUAGAGUGACCAGCAUCAAAUUCUUCCCUACAGGAUCACCUCUGAAUCAAACAUUAAGGUAACGAGAAUAAAGGAAAUGGUCCCCAACUAAGAGAAACUCUUGAUUUUUAAACAAAUUCUCCUUGUCAGCACCUUAGGAAAUGCAUAGAGAACAGUAUAGAGAAUAUAAACAAUGAUGUUAGGGUGUAAAGGGUUAAGUGAGUGUCGCACUGGUUAGUACCCAGUUUCUGUCGGUUCGAACCAGUCCAAUCAUUCAGUGACGUUCAAAAUUCCGGUUAACAGAUGUCGGUUAUUGCGCACGACAAGUGAGUAUCUGUAAAUUACAAAUAAAGUUCUGUGGCGUCUAUUUGUGAACAUCUUAACAAUGACAGAUAACCUAAUAACCUAGCGCAAAGUAAGUGUGAUCUUUUUAAUAGAUCAGUCUAAUGUUCAUACUUGUGACUUUCUAAACGAUAAUAGCUAAUUAGCAUAGUGAGUGUGAAUUUUUCAAUCCCUUUGUUCCUGACGGUACUAAGGAACCGACUCAAAUUUAAACACACCUGGCGUGAAAAAGAAUACUUUGUUAGUAAGGUUACGAAACGGCUAAACUGACUGGAUGACUGUAAAAAUAUGAAAUUCAUAUAUGUGAACUGCGGACAAAGAAACGAAUAUGGAAGCGAUCUUCGCUGUUAUGAUCACUACCUAAGCAGUACUGAAAAUAUGGCCCGAAAAAAAUUCAGGCUGACUAGGUACGAAUGAUCUUAGCUAGGUACGAAACUUCCGUGGGUACAAAACAACUGAUAACCAAGCAAAUGACCUCGAUGGCAAGCAAAUACGAGUGAUUAUGUUGCGAUUUGUAUCAGUUUUAAAUCUGACAAAAGCGUCAGGAUAUUGACGGCUCCAGUCCGUUUUGAACAGGAUAUUAACUAUCCAGGGUCUCUACUAAUAACAAACCUGUUUCUCGGCAGUUUUAUACCAUUCCGGGAUUCAAAGCUAACCCGAAUAUUACAGUCGUCGCUCGGAGGAAAUGCAAAGACCUCCAUGCUAUGUACGAUCACUCCAGCGGCGAUUGAAGAGUCAAUUAGUACUUUAAAGGUAACUGUCCGGCUGCUAAUGUAACUUCUUGCACACGCGCACUCAGUUUAGAAACUGUUGUAGUGUGUCCCACAUGGAAUGCAAGUGAGGGAGUCAGUUAUUCCGAAGUGGAUCUUUAGUGCAUGACAUACAACAGGCAAUAUUACCACCUCUAAGAGUCUGGGAAGAUUUCUUGAUUACUGAAUUUCCCUUCGGUCCGCGUCUUAGACAGGUAAUCCUCUUACAACGAUUUCCUUCAUGUUUCAGUUUGCCAGCCGAGCGAAAACCAUCAAAAACUGUCCAGAAGUUAACGAGGUAAAUAUGCGGGAAUUGUUCCCUCUCUAACUCCCGAUUAAGAUAUUUAUCUUUCUAACGGUCUCCGUCCGUCUUUCUAUCUAUCCAAUCUACCAUCUAUCAAUCUCGGCGUUAGCUUGGAAGUAGGCUCUCGUGAGCGCUGCGACGCGAGUGGCGAGGCCGCGCAUUUUGAGCCGGAGAUCGAUGUGAGUGCGUUAGAUGUCCGCCAGAGUCCUGGCUCAAUUUUAGUGUCAGACAUCUCGUGACCUCGUUACCCGUGCCGCAGCACUAAUAGGAACUAAUCGCACGCUAUCUUUGAGAUCAUUCUUUUUUUAAAUGUAUACCGCGACAUGUCCCAUUUCAUAUAGUUUUAUCUUCAUGGUUUCUAAAUUUAAAAAUUUCUUCGCUACUUUAGAUUCUACUCCUAACGUAAAUCAUGAAAUGAGACAAUAGCCAUCUGUAACAGUUGUUCCAUAAUCUUUUAAGGUACUUGAUGAUGGAACACUUCUAAAGCGUUACAGAAAGGAAAUUCGUGAGCUUAAACAACAGCUUGUCGAGGUAAGACGCGUCUGUGAAGGAACUAUAGUUUAUAGUUGUAUCUGUAUCCUGCAGAGCGUAUUUCGGUUGAAUACCCUUCAUCUAAAACCAAGGUAAUCACCGAGGCUGAUGUGAAAGGAAGAGAAAUACUAUAAGCAGUCAAUACGAAAACAAAUUUAGAAGAAGGAAACUGCCUGAGCAUUAAGAUAAGAAUCUGAUUGGUUGUGACGGUGGUGUGAGUUUUCUCGACCAAUCACAGAGCGGAGUUCAACAUAUGCAAACCUAGAUUACCCAGUAGUCUCAGUUGAAAAUUCUUCAACACACUUCUGUACCGUGCAGUAUGUUAACACUUAAAUUUGAAUAUUUACAUUUUUUAUUUACAGAUGAGCAGCAGUUCGCAUGUACAAGAGCUACUACUCGAAAAAGAAAAAGUGAACGAGGUAACGAAUGAUGGGGUUUUUGUGUGUUUGACCAAAACUGGGAACGCUAAUUAAAAUGUUGAAAAAGAAACAAAUCCGAAAAUGUUAUUAAUCCUUGACACUCUAACAUCAGUAUGCAUAUUCUCUACACUGUUUUCUAUACAUUUACUAAGGUGCUGAUAAGGAGAAUUUGUUUCACAAUCAAGAGCUCCCUUAGUUGGUGAUCAUUUCCUUCAUUCUUGUGACCCUAGUGUGUGAUUCAGGGGUGAUAUUGUAAGGAGAAAUUUGAUUGUGGUCACUCUCAGGGAUCAGAGGGUUACUUCACUUUUUUCUCGUUUUCUUUUCAGAUGGAAGAAAUGUUGGAGCAGCAACGGCGACAACAGGUACGAGAAAUGCUGAUAGCAUUUUUUGUGUGUGUUUGUAUUUGCUGGAGAACAUGAAAAGAUGAGGUCUUACUCCGGUGACAAGCGGAGAGCUGACCUUGGACGCUAAGGCUAGUGGAAGUGCAUAAUUAAUAUGAACAACUACUCAACCCAGUUAUACAAAUAUCCUUGUUAUAUGAACCCCACAAUAACAACACCCCUGAGUUUUUAGGCUGCGCGCGAGAGCGACGACGUAAUCGGCUCUCUCGUCUAGCUUUGGGUGCGCUCUUCCUCUGCAGAUGUGGUCUAGGCAACUAAACUGGCUCCAGGGUAGAAAUUUCUAACGAAGUGCUGUAACCCAUCAGGCUUUACGAUAUCGCAACGAGAGAAAGAAAGAACAAGCUAUUUCAGUCCACACAGUCUUACUUGUUGUUGCCUUUUUGCAGAACGAACAAGAAGAAAAGAUAAAAAGGUUGUGCAAUAUGAUUUGCACUGCUGGCGGAGAGACUGGGAAUAACCGAAGUAAACAAAAAUUGGCAAAGGUUAGUAAAUGUUUUGGGUUUCGUUACUCGUGUAAUUCUAGCUUACGAUCACCUCGCGGAUCGUGGCCAAUUUUAAGGGCUCAGACCACUGACGGUUCUCUUCUCAUCACGUCCACCUACAGAGGCGUGAAACCUGGUGUCCAGGGGCUGGUCUUUCAAAGGCUCCGCUGGCCUCUACUGUUUUUAGUUCAGUGAAAAGUCGACUGCAAAGAAUCCCGUCGAGUCCCAGUAGCGACGAGAGUGAGUUUGGCGAGAUGGCAAAAGAUAUGUUCCUAUCGACGUUAGAGGAGGAAGAGGACAUAAAAUCUUCAGAAAGCGGGAAAAAACGGGUUGUUUUUGCAAGUCCUGCGGGGAAAAGGUUAGUUUCUAUUAAUCCUGAUCGCUAACGUAAUUGAGGGGGAUGGUUUCUUUCUUUGACACCCACUUGAAGUUCCAGCAGAAUAGCAAAAUGAAAGAGCCAAGCAAUAAAUGGACUUACAUGCCAUCAAAACGAAAUCUAGAGAGACGGGCUUAUCUAAGGGUUCUUUCUCACAAACCUGGAUCAAAAUGUUCCAGUUCGGGUCCCCUCCUUAGCUGGAUUAAGAGGGGUAAGUUUCUAAAGGAACUGUGGUGUUUUUCGAUGAGGGAGUAUAACAAGACAAUUUUGGUGAUCUCGCGAUACCCAACUUCGAAAUCUUGCGGCUGUAAGCUCAUUCUUCUUGGUAUUUGAUCCGGUCUGAAUAUAGAGCACAGAAGAGUAGUCUGGCCUUGUUUCCGACUUUUUCUACUUGCCCUGAGUCUAGCGUGUUAACAGUUAGUCCGCCGCGACUGUCGCCUAUAUGCUUACUCAAUUAGCCUGUUUUAUAACCUUUCCAUUCUACUGAAAAGGUGAAGAUAAGUAAAAGAUUAUACAGCAGCACCUUGAAAUUGUUACCAACAUAAAUAUCUCUUUCUUGCAAACAAUAAGGUGUUUAUCCUCCAUAACGGAUGUGAGACAACAGGAACACAAGGAGAUGCAGACUGAAGUAAGAGAGAAACAUUUUGUUAAGUAUUGUAAAAAACCCUCUCAGUUAUCUAAAUGUGUCAUCUCCAAGGCGGUGGUAUUGAUGUUAGGCUGUGUUUGACGCUAUUAAUCUUGAAGUGUGAAAUUUUGUGACGUUUGCGCUAAAUAAGGUUAGAGAACAAUCUUGAGUUCAAUGAAUAGAUAUGGAGGGCUCUAAGCUUUUUUAAGAUCAUUUGAUCCCCCCUCCCAGCCUUGUUUGGUUUUGUCACGCAACUUGUUCUUCUCAAGAAGAUAGAGUAUUGCAUGACGGCGACACGGCUGUAAUGGGGACUGUAGCUUACCAGACCUGGAUAUGUGAAGAAAAACAUGACCAGCAUUCAAAAAAAAGUGUCGUAGAGGUUUGAGAACUGCCCUAUGAUUACAGUGCUACGUUAUAGAUGGCUUUUUUUAGUCCAAAAAGAGGUCACGAUUGUCUUUUUAACGCUUAAAUCCUGAUUUUCUACAUGUUCAACAUGUAGUUUCCUCAGUCCAGUCCAGACCAGCCCCGCCCAGCUCUUUGGAGGGAUCUUCUGACAGCGAGGUCGGAUGACUUGAGAUUCGAAUCAACGUUGUUGCUUGCGUUGUUUUUCUAUUUCCCCGUUCUCGAGACAUAAGGAAGAUGUACCCUUAAUUAAAAAUAACCAGUUCUGAUUAUUACAUUUUAGCCUGACCAAAAUUGCAUGGAAAUGGAACGUGAAGUAAAAAGGCUGCGGUCAGAUCUUCACGAGGCGAUCGAAACCCGAGACUUUUACAACGUAAGUAUGUCCUUUAAUGGAAUUGUAACUGCUGUGCCUUGUCAUAUUUACCUUGUUGUCCGUUUACAUUUCAACAGGAGCUGUUGGAAGAGAGUAAUGCGUUGUUAGAAAAAAUGUCAACGGAGAAUGGCCGAAACGAUACCCCUACGGUAUGAUUGUUGUUGUUUGUUUGUUUGUUUGCUUGCUGAGUAUUUUGUUUUUGUUUAUUCUUUUGCGAAGACCUUGCGUUUAGAAAACAGCUCUUUAUUUCUCUACUUCCCGGUUAUUUCACACUAUUAUCAGUCUCGAGAGAAAAUGUGCGAAUUAGAUAAGAAAAUACAAAUUAAAAUUUACCGGCAGUUCACUUUUUUGAAAUGAGGUUUCGUGUUCGGCUCUCUAACAAGCAGUCUAACUACAAAUCGGCUUUAAGGACCGAGAGGCAAGCAUUAAGAUAGACAAACAGAACGAUACACAGGUAAACACAGAGCGCGCAGAGAGUCCCGGGUACUAAUGCCGAACGGUUCGAAGUCGAGAGAUUAGAAGACAAAUAUUGAGCUGAGAAGAUUGUCAUGAAAAUAGUCAUGGGCCCCGUCAGAGAUCUCGUAUAUUGUCUCGUGGAAAACUGUUAGACCCUUGUCGAAAGUGUGAAACAAAGUUAUAAAUUGGUAAUGCAUUCGUAGCUGAUAAAUCAUUUUUGUUUGUUUGUCUGAUCAGACUCAGAUGUCAAUGUUAAAGACGCUAGAUCAACUGAGGGCUAAGAACAAAGGUAAAUUUUUGCCGUGACUGGAAUGCCUUCUUAAAACUAUCGAUUACAUCCAUUGCGUAGUUCUUCUCUGUUCGAUUGACUGACUGAACCAUUUGUUAUUUGAUUGACUGAACUCAACAGAGCUACAAGCUGAGUUUGACAGCGUCAAAGCAGGAAAAGAGGCUCUCGCCGCCAGAGUUGAAGAGCUUGAAAAUGCAGGGACAUGUAACACUGCCACUCAAAUGAAAGCAGAUUCCUUACAAAUGGCAUUAGAGGAGAGUGAGAGAGAGAGGAACCGACUUCAUCAAGAUCUGAAAGAGUUGCAAAAGGUGUGCACUAGUCUUGAAAGCGAUGUGGCUCGAUUACAGAAUAAAAUUGCCAACGCUAGGCAAGAAGAUAUUCAGUCUGAGGAGGAAAAGUCUUCUUGUCAGCAAGAGGCAUCGGAGAAGAUAAGACAGCUAGAGCUUCAAAUAGAAGAAAUGGAAGAACGGUUAUCUGGUGUAAAUGAGCAGGAAGGAAGACUAACGGAGGCCAUUGACGAAAAGGUUCAGUUGGAAGAAAGCAAGAAACUGGAAAUUUCUUGCUUAGAAGAAGCACUCGAUGAGAUGACAAAAGUAAAAGGACAACUGGAACAAUCCUUGCAAAUGUGGAAAGACAAGUGUGCCAGUCUAGAAACAAAUGCGGCUCUUUGUGAAAAGGAAAAGUUCUGCCUUGAGGAGAAAAUGAUGUUUGCCAAGGAAGAAGCUUCUGAGAAGAUCAAGAAACUUGAGGAACAAGUGAGAGAAAUGGUGGAAAGAAUAGCUAGUGUAGAUGAACAAGAAGGGAUGCUGACAGAGGUGAUUGAACAGAAGUUACAGCUAGAGGAGAACCACAAUGUUGAAAUGACAUCUCUUAAAACGGCUCUUACUGGCUUAGAGGAAUCAUUAGAUGAAGUAACAAAGGAAAAAGGAAGAUCUGAAGAAGCCUUACAACAGUGGAAAGACAAAUGUGCUCGUCUCGAAACCAAUGAAGCUCGUUAUGAAGAGGAGAAGCUUCGCCUUGAGGAGAGGAUGGCGUUUGCCGGGGAAGAAGCCUCAGAGAAGAUCAGGAAACUUGAAGAUCAGGUAAAAGAAAUGAAGGAAAGGCUAGCGAGUGUAGAUGAACGAAAAGAGAUGCUGACAGAGGUUACUGAACAGAAGCUACAGCUAGAGGAGAAUCACAACGUUAAAAUGACAUCUCUUAAAACGGCUCUUGCUGGCUUAGAAGAAUCACUAGAUGAAGUUACAAAGGAAAAAGGAAGACUGGAAGAAGCCUUACAACAAUGGAAAGAUAAGUGUGCUAGUCACGAAACCAAUGCAGCUCUCUAUGAAGAGGAGAAGCUUCGCCUUGAGGAGAGGAUGGUGUUUGCCGGAGAAGAAGCCUCGGAGAAGAUCAGGAAACUUGAAGAUCAGGUGAAAGGGAUGGAGGAAAGGCUGACGAGUGUAUACGAACAAGAAGGGAUGCUGACAGAGGUGACUGAACAGAAGUCACAACAAGUGGAGAACCACGAAGUUGAAAUGACGUCUCUUAAAACGUCUCUUACUUUCUUAGAAGAAUCACUAGAUGAAGUUACAAAGGAGAAAGGAAGACUGGAAGAAGCCUUACAACAAUGGAAAGAUAAGUGUGCUAGUCUCGAAACCAAUGCAGCUCUCUAUGAAGAGGAAAAGCUUCGCCUUGAGGAGAGGAUGGCGUUUGCCGGAGAAGAAGCCUCGGAGAAGAUCAGGAAACUUGAAAAUAAGGUGAAAGGGAUGGAGGAAAGGCUGACGAGUGUAGACGAACAAGAAGGGAUGCUGACAGAGGUGACUGAACAGAGGUCACAACAAGUGGAGAACCACGAAGUUGAAAUGACGUCUCUUAAAACGUCUCUUACUUCCUUAGAAGAAUCACUAGAUGAAGUUAAAAAAGAGAAAGGAAGACUGGAGGAAGCCUUACAAAAGUGGAAAGACAAGUGUGCUGGUCUCGAAACCAAUGCAGCUCUCUAUGAAGAGGAGAAGCUUCGCCUUGAGGAGAGGAUGUUGUUUGCCGAAGAAGAAGCCUCAGAGAAGAUCAGAAAACUUGAAGAUCAGAUGAAAGAGAUGGAGGAAAGGCUAGCGAGCGUAGAUGAACAAGAAGGGAUGCUGACAGAGGUGAUUGAACAGAAGUCACAGCUAGUAGAGAGUCAUGAACAGGAAGAAACAUCUCCUAAAAUGGCACAGGAGGAGAUCUCUGAAGAAAAAGAAAGUUUAGAACCGUGGAAGGAAAGGUGCAGCACUCUCGAGAGCGACAUGACGGGGCUCCAGGAUGAGAUGGCUUGUGUAAAAAUGGAGAGACCGGAGGAAAGCCUGUCUAGCGUCAAAGCGGAUGCUUCCGUGAAGAUGAAAGAACUGGAGAUUGAGCUGGAAACGUUGAAAGGAAAAUUGAGCGAUGAGGAUCAGAAUGAACGAAUGUUGGCAGAAGUAAACGAGCAAAAAGGGAACUUAGAAGAAAUCGUUGCACGAUUAGAAACAGAACUGGCUCAAAGAAAAUAUUUGAACGAAGAGAAAUGUAACAUUGAAGCGCUCUUUAAACAAUUCAAGGAAGAAAAGGAAGCGGAAAUUAUGGAACUGAAGAAAGAGAUACAAGGACUUCAGGAUCAGCGGAAUAUAAGUUCAUACGGUGUCGAAGAAAAAGACAUGAUGAUGGAGCAAAUGAUUGACCAAAAACGGGAAAUGGAAGCUAAAAUGGUAAGCUCUUGAGUUAUUUCGGUUUGUUAGUCCUGUUGUUGAUUGUUCGAGAUCUGGAAAGGUAUGCUCUUGAAGAGCCAAUUCUAAUCCCAGAUAUCAUUUUCAAUUCUUUUCCAAAACAUUUAUGUGUCUUGGAGUAAAUCAAAAAGGAGAUGAAGUUGCACUCGCCAUAGCUAGCGAGCGUGAGUGGUCCGAUAAGCUUAAACUGAGGACAGUGGCAGUCGUAUGGUAACAAACGAAGAUGAAAAUCAGUAGUAAUUAUUAUCUGCGAUAAGGCCUUUGGACAGUGCCACAUACAUGCAAUGCUUGAUUUUAUUUCUUUCUCGAUGUUAACUCCACUUUUCUUGGUACUAAACACAAGUUUUAAAAAGGAUACCCUUCCAGACGAAUCUUUGGGUUCCUUUCUUUUCUGCUCUGCGCUGAAUAGACCAAUCCCUGCAUACAACUGCACAAAUUCUCUGUCGCAUUGUAAUCCAUAGAAGGAGAAUAGAAAAUACGUAUUGCUAGUUUUUUUCAGACCUAUUGCCAUUACAGAUGAAAAACAUUGCCCAUGUGUAAGACUUGUUAAGAUGGACGGCAUAUGACCAGAUACGAGACUAAUUUAAGAUGUAAUGUACUGCGCACGUCUGAAAUCGGUUUAAACGUUUCCACUUUCUGUCUGUUUAGUGAAAGGUGAAAUUUUUUCUUUAUUUUAGUGUGAUCUUCAAAUGCAGCUCGACAACGUAAAUAACGAAAAGGAAGAGUAUGAACAAAUGUUAAAUAAGUAAGUGUUAUCUAAGCAGGAUUACUUGUUGAUUUUGAUUUGCUUUUGUUUGUUUGUCUGUUUCCCACAGUUAUUAAACAAGUGGAAAAAGCUGAAUGAAUUUUUUGUCGUUGCCGUUAUCUCUGCUUAAAUGCUCCGUAUUCGACUUUCAUUUUACUUCGAACUAAAUGCUUCAAAUAGUGCUCAUCCCUUAUAUACGAGCAAACAUCUCUGGCACAAUUUUUAAUUGUUUGGAUUUUGUGUUAUUUCCGUUAUUAUUAUUAUUAUUAUUAUUAUUAUUAUUGUUAUUAUUAUUAUUAUUAUCAUCAUCAUCAUUAUUAUUUGGAUUUUGUGUUAUUUCCGUUAGGGUCAGGAAAGAAAAAGAUGAGAUUAGAAACGAUUUAUCAGAGUCCAUUUCUGAUGUAAGUAAUAAGAUAUCUUUCAUUUAAUUCUCUUUGUUUGUCAUUGGAUUUUCGUCUUUGCCUUUGCUUUUUUCGUUGUUUUCUUGAAGCAUUUAUUUAGACAAUUUUUUUUUCAAACACUGGAUACGCACGGGUCAGAUUGUCCUCUGACUCAAGAUGCUGGAUCAAGAGGUCUGGGCCUGUGCCUUUAUGGGGCCCUUGCAGUUAAUUCUUUUUUGUUUGUUUUUUUUAUCAUGAUUAUUAUGAUUAUUUUAUUAUUAUUAUCAUUAUUAUUAUUAUUAUUAUUAUUAUUAUUAUUAUUAUUAUUAUUAUGAAAUCAAUAGUUCUAAAACAAAAACAAAGAAAAUACCAGGCAAUGAAAAAGAGGGAAUAUUUUUUUCUUACUCAGUCCGCCGAAUUGCAGAAGGACAUGUUAGACAUGCAACAGAAAGUGAAGCGCUACAAGGAACACAUUUAUGAACUUGAGAGCGAACUACAGCAGCGAGCAGAGCUCUUAACAUCACACGAACAGAAGGUAACAGGUGUCUGCCAUUGAUGCGCUAUCAUUGAGCGAGAUCAUCGAAGCGUUUGCUCUGUUUUACUUGCUUCUCUAACUAGUUCGUUGUGAUUUGUUUGUUUGCUUGUUUUUUGUUGUUUUUGUUGUUUUUGUUUUACGUGUGGUGAACCUGAACAGCUUGACAUUUUUUCUGCCAGUCUAUUGCGUACCUAAUUGCUUUCUUUCCCGUCUUUUAUUCUUUUUUUUUUUCCUCAUCCAUUUAUCCUCCCUUCUUCCAUACAUGGUUUAGAAUAGUUUAUGCCAGCCAUCUUGAUCUUGAAUCGGAAUAAACUUUAGCAACAUAUUUUGACUCCAGAAGUGCACAGGAAUAUUUAUGGAAUGAUCUUUCUUGUUUACAACAGACUGAAGAACUUCAAAAGCAACUCAGCGAAGUGAUGAAACAGCUUGGAAACGUAUCCCAAGACGUGAAUAAGAAACUGCUGAGCGAAGAACAGGCGCUAGAUCAACAGCAUGAGAGGACGACAGAUGAUGAUAUGCUCGCCUCUAAACUGAGAGCAGAACAAGAGCAAGUUCAAGGAGUUGCAGAUGAAUGCAAUGCGUUGAGGGUAUCUCUGGAAAAUGUCCAAAAUCGAAAUGAGAUUUUAAAGUCUGAGGCAGAAGAGACGAAGCACGAAGUGGAGAGACAACGACAGGAAAUAGAGAGCUUAGAGUUGCAGCUAGUAGAGUCUAAACAAGCUUAUGACUUGUGCAAGGAACAGCUGGAAGAGCAAAGAGAAAAGUGCGAAAAACUUGUAAAGGACCUGAACGAGAUGAGGACCUCUGAAAGUCUAUCAAAAGAGCCAUCAGGGAGCUUAGCCUCUGAGUUGGAACUGCAAAAGGCAAAGGAUGAAAGCGAGGAACUUUUUAAGGAGCUGGGAGAGGAGAAGAAAGCUCACGAAACACUCAGGUGAAUGAAACCUGUUUGAAGUGAACCGUGGACUCUACGUCGAUUCCGUAUUUCUCUCUUUUUGGAAAACGAACUUUUAUUUAGCCGACAACCCCUUUAACCCUUCACAUCUUAACAUUAGUAUGUACAUUCUCCAUACUGUUCUCUAUAUAUUUCCUAGGAUGCUGAUAAGGAGAAUUUGUUUGAUAGCGGAGCUCGCAGAGCGUAGCCCCAUAAUUAAACAAAAUAGUAGUAACCCAUCGAGCCGAAAAAAUUUGGAUAUAUGACCGUACGACCGUACAAGGUGCUAAUUUUAACAUGCGUGGUCAAGUGUACCGCGGGCACGCCAACGCCACGGCUCUGUCCAGUAGUCCAGUGGUCGAGUCGGAUGACCCGGGUUCUAGUCCUGGCCGGGGCAAGGCGUUGUGGCCUUGAGACGUGCGGGAGAAAAAAAAUGCGAGCUCCGCUUUUAGGCUUGGCUAAAUCUAUCUAUUAAUCAAGAGCUUCUUAAUUGGUUGUCAUUUCCUUUAUUCUCGUGACCUUCAUAUUUGAUUCAGGGGGGAUUCUGUGGGGAGACAUUAGAUGCUAAUCUUUUUUAGAGGUCAAAGGCUCAAGUACGAUUAGGACAUUUGUUUUGUAUUUUGAGAAAUUGUCUUGAAUGUAUAUUUAGGAAACCUGUGUCGCUUUAAAAUCAAUUGACAAUUUAUUUAUUCUGUUAAAAAUUUUGUGGUGCAUUCAUUUAGUUACUUGCUCUUCUUUGUUUAUGUUCUCCCACAAUAUUCACAUCUUUAAUUGAUUGUCUUAGGAAGGAACACGCAUCUCUUCUUGAAGAAUUACAACACUUUAAAGAUUCUCUUUUGAGAGAUACCAACCGUGGAAUGGACCAGCAGAGACUGAUUGACAAGAUGAAGGCAGAAAGGCGGGAGACCAUCUGUGUACAGGCACAGCAACGGCACGAACUUGAAAAUGAUUUGUCCGAAGCCGAGAAAAAGGUAAGCCACAGUUCUGCUCAAACGUAAGUUGACCGUUUCUCUAAACGCGCUCCUCGAAACUUGAUUCGCGGAAACUUCGAGGAUCAAAUAACUUAUCAAUGAAGCCCCCAAAAAAAAAAAAAAAAAAAAGGAAAAGAAAAAGAAAAAUGACUUGUCUAUAAGGUACUUGUUGUAAUUAGACAGAUAGACCGACAGACAAACUGGCAGUCAGACAGAUAAUAAAGGUUAAAAACUGAGUUGAAAACGUAAACUGGCCACUGUAAAGAGUUUUAAUUGUUCUGACGAAGGGCUAACGCUCGAAACGUCAUCAAGCCUUUAAAGUCUUUGCGGUGGCCAAUUUACGUUUUAAAUUCAGUUGUUAACGCUAAAUUACCUGUUACACCCUCCCAUCGACGCAGCGCCACAGUUUCUUUAGAAACUUACCCCCUUUAUUCAUUUUUCAGACAGACAGAUAGAUCGAAAGAUAGACAGGCACACAGAGAGACAGACAGACAGACAUGGGUGAUACCCUAUUUCCUAUAUUUUCCAUCGAUAUUUUGCGCGUAAAUGGCUUUUGGCCAGAAUUAAUCUAGCUGCGCAUACCUGAGACACAAUAACGAUUGGUUUAUGCAUAAGUUCACGUGCGAAAUAAAUUUAAUCUGAAUCGUCACGUUCCUCGUAUGGUAUGGUAUGGCUCAUAUUUCUUGCGUCUACAUGUAGGUUUCUGAGUUGGAAGCACAGUGCAACUUCUUGAAAAGUGAAAGAGACGUUCUGGAGCACAGGAUCGAAGCGGCCAAUAAGAAAGUUGAGGAAACCAAGCAAGAGAUGCGUGACAUGGAAAACCUAUACAGCUCACAAAACGUACUGUCCGUCACGCAACGUGACGAUGACAGCAAGGUGUUACACAAGUUAAAGCAGAUGGAAUUGAACGUUGAACUUACAAAACAGAAGUGCGAAAAAGCGGAAGGACGGGUGAAGGAGUUGGAAAGCGAGAACCGACAGCUGAAAGGAGCGGACAUACGCAACGGAGCAUUGGUGGAGGAGCGCGACAGUUUAAAGCAGCAGGUCCAACAGAGCAAACAGGUUUUGAACGAGAAAAACAAGAAGGUGAAUGAACUCUCCAUUGAGGUGACUCAGCUGAAAGUGCACGUGGAUAAACUGACGGAUGAAAAUAAGAAAAGUCGGAGCCAAAUGGAAAAGAAAGAUAACAAGAUCGAUCAGAUGGAGCAGAAACUAUGGGAGAUCGAAGAAGACCUUAAGAUUGAAAGGCAACGUAACUUCGAACAAAAAGCACAGGUGACUUUUAACAGAAAUAUAUCUGGCUCUAUUUGUUUGUUUGUUUGUUUGUUUUGUUUUGUUUUUUUUUGGAGGGGGGUCAGCAAUCAAUCUCUUCAUUAUCAGUCAGCCUUACAAUGUGCAUUUGGGCAGUAGUUGUCGUUGUCUGCUUAGAUUGUCUUUCGUCAAUGAAUGCCUACUCACAGGCUAGAGCCCUCCUAAACUGAAUACAUUUUCCCUUAUGUCAAACACUUGGAGUCUUUCGCGUAAGAGAGCGAUAACCUUUUCAUAAUCGAACAAGGGGGAAGGAAACGGUGGGGCUUUUUUGGGUAAUAUCUAUCAUGGCCUUUUAAACAUUCGUACCAUGGCGACUCCGUUUUCUAUUCCUUUUUCAAGUUGAAAGGUUAACUUUUCUCUGUACGAGUUUGAUUCUUGUGUGGUUUAUCAUCGAUCGAUUCAUCGUUGGACUAAUUGAUUGAUUUAAUUGAAGGAUUCUGCUGUUGAGGAACUGAACUCUACCAUUCGAGUGAAACACGAAGAACUAGAACAUAUGACGUUCUUGGUAGACGAGAAAGAAGUUGAAAUUGCCGAGGUAAGAUGCGCUCUUCAACAGAACGAACUGAAGCAGUCUGAAAUGGCCGUAGAAUUCCAAAAAAACCAAGAAAAAAUAAAUGAGCUUGAAAGUGAAUUGGAAUAUGCGAAUGAAAGUCUUCUUGAGGAAAAGAAGGGCCGCACUGAGGCAGAAGCCAAAAUUGCUAAACUUAGAGAAAUGAUAAAACAGCUAGAAGAAGAACUGAUCUCAGUAAAUAAGAAAAUGGAGACCCAGAAUGGCAAAAGUGACUCUCAAAAACAGGAGCUUACAUCGAAAACUGAAGAGUUCGAAAAAGAAUUGGAGGAUAUGCAGCACAAGCUUCUAGAGGUGGAGAGUGAACUAGAGUUUACCAAAUCAAGCCUGGAGAACGUAGAGGCUGAAAAGAAAGAUCUGAAUACCAGGGUUGAAAAGGCUUUGAAGGAGAAAGAAUUGUUGGAAGAAAAACUUCAAGAGUUGACGACCUCAUCUGAGAGUCAAAAGAACGCUCUAGAUCAAGAGGUCGACGAGAUUCGAGAAUCACUUUUGAAGGAGAAAAAGAUUGUGUCUGAGCUCGAAGACAAGCUUCUUAUUGCAGAGAGAAGUAGAGAGGCAGCCGAAUCGGAACUUCGUCGGGUUCUUGCUGAUGAGUGUGCGAGCGUUUCCAAGGAGGAGAUGGAAGGAAGACUUUCUGCUAUUAUGAAUUCAGAAAAUGAAUUGCGCCAAGAAUUGAAGAAGGAGAAGGAAAAGAGUGCGACAUUAAUGGAACAAGUUGCAGAGUUAACAAGUGAGAGCGAGAAAUGGGAGAGUCUUGCACAAUCCAAAACUAUUCUUCUUGAGGAAGAAACGAAAAAGUGGAUGGAAGAAAUUGCCUCCAUGACUGAGCUUCGCCAAGAACUGGAAAAGGAGAAAGCUACGAACCAACUGUUAGAAGGUCAAGUGGAAAAAACUUUCUUCGAAGCUGAAUCAAAAGCAAAGGCCCUUGAAGAAGAGAAGAAUAAACAAGAGGAAGAAAUGGCCCAAAUCGUCGAAGAACUCAAAGACGAGAAAGAGAAGCUCCUGGAACAAUUGCGUGAGAUCAGCGCCUUGAAGGUGAAAGAGAGUGAAGACUGCUACGCAGAAAAGAACGACAGAAUCAAAGAAUUGGAGGAGAAACUUGCCACUGCCUCCCAAAACAUCACGGACUGUGAACAAAGCAUCCAACAUUACCAGCUAAAGCUGGCCAAGGCCGAGUAUGAACUGGAAACUACUGUGGCCAGACUUACCCACCUCGAAAAACAGGCAAUUACACUUUUUGUAUCUAUUUCUCUCGGAGCUUUUAGGUGCAGUUCAACCUAUUAAUAUAAAAGAUAUUGCAAUCUUACAAGGGACUCUAAAACCAAAGCAAAACGGGUUUCUCUAUUUUAAACAAAUGAUCUCGUUUUUUUGUUAUGCGUAGAAUACUACGAAUGCCAUGGACUCCACUGAAGUUGAAAACUUGAGAAAGGAGUGCGAGGCCGCUAAGAAAAAAGCCCAGGACAAUCUUCAGAAAUACUUUAAGGAGUCAGAUCGCCUGAAGGCCAUCAUAGACGAAAUGCAGGGUAGGUUCUUUUUCAGUUAUUGCCAAGUUUUGUCAUUUCUAGUUGUUGUUCAACCGUGAUGAUUCUCAUUAGAUGAUCGUGCGUGGUCGGCCAAAACAGGCUCCCUUGCGCAUACCGAUGUUUCAUUGCUUUCUUGUUGUCAGUGAUGUCUCGUACCAAAGUAGUGCUUUGUCAAUAACGGUGUAGUAAAGGCAGCCUGUGAAGCAGGCGCUCGCGGAGAAGGCGAGAAACACGCGCGCGAGAGAGCAAUAUACGCGGGAGAGAGAAUGCCUUUUCGCUCGGACGUGCAACUCAAGGGAUCUUUGGAGUGAUUUCUAUGUCCUCGCAUUAGAGGUUGACGCAUUACAUCAAAUGUCGCCUUGAAAAGGAACCAUUUCUAGAGUUCUUUCUAUGCCCUUGCAAUCAUGGUUGACUCAUUGUAAAUUUCGCUUUGAAAAGAAACUAUUUCUAUCUUUGGUCUCUGCAGAUGAAGAAGAGGAGCAUCUUCGACAAAUUGAAGAACUUGAAGAAGGUAGAGCCAAAAAAGAUGCAGAACUAACCCAACUUCGUUCAGACCUCGCCCAAAUAAGAAACUGGACAAAACAAGUUGACAAGGGAAGAACAAGUUGAUCCGUUAGAGAUGGGGAAAAGCUGUCAAUUUCAAGAGUCUGGAAAAGGGACGAGUUCCCCUUCCGUUCAGGGAGAUGCAAUUCAUGAGGAAAAAAGUACAAAAAUUGUCUAAGUUGUGGGAAAGAAAUGAUUUUUUUUGUUUCUAAAGGCUAGAAACUUCGAUCCAAGAACCUCUUUACACAUUUUUUAAAACCUUGCGGAUUGGGGGAAGGGGGCUGUUGUUGUCUGUGGCUAAGUUUUUAAAUGUCUCAAUAUACAUAUUUUUGUAUCUUUUGUGCUUAACGAUGCGGUAGGAAUUCCAAGAUAAUGUCAGGAAUUGCCACCCCUUUAUAUCCAGAACUUUCUGUAUUUAUCGAGUACUCUUUUUCCCUUUCUUUAGAAUUCUACGCACGCUGGAGAUCAAAGUGAAAUGGAAGCGCUCAGAAAAGAGUGUGACGCUGUUAAGAAAAAAGCUAAGGAUACGAUCGACAAGUAUUUGACAGAGUGCAACAGACUUAAGGCUAUAGUGGAUGAACAACAAGGUACAGUUAUUUUGUUAGAGAACAUAUUCAAAGAGUGUCCUAAAACAGGCCCAUAAGUUAUUACUACGGCCAAUCAGAACAAAGGUGAAUGUCAGGAGCUAUUGAGAGUUCAGCGUAUAAAAAUAGGUAAACUGUCUGAAGAGCGGGAAAACGUGAGAGACCAGGCUGCAAUCGCUUCUGGGAUUACAUCUGAUCGGUCGAGACGGUGGUACAAGUUUAACUGAACCAAUCACAAAGCGAAGAAAAAACAUGAACAACAUUACAAUCCGGGAUUACCUCUGAAACUCAAGUGAAAAUUGUUAAGACUUAUCACCAAGCAAAGGUAAAAUUACAAAACCUUUAGGCUUUCUCUCUUUCACGACUGAGCCAUCCUUCAUUUCCAUUCUUGCUUUCACAUUACUGACCUCAACAUAAUGACCAGCUCCCAGUUGGCUUGUUAGCUCAGUUGGUAGAGCACUGCACCGGUAUCGCAGAGGUUAUGGGUUCAUAUCCCGUACAGACCUGAAUUUUUUUCAAGCCUUAUUUUUACUUCUGCUUAUUUAGUGUUCAUUACUGCGAAGACCGCUUUCAUAUUCUUUUCUUUAUCCGCAGUUCACAUAUAUGUUCUUCGUAUAUUCACAAUCAUUUAUUCAUCACUUCACGGGUUUAUAUAGAACCAACAUAAUGGCUUGUUAGCUCAGAUGGUAGAGCACAGCACUGAUAUUGCAGAGGUGGUGGGUUCAAAUCCCCUAGAGGCCUGAAUUUUUCUUCAGGCCUCAUGUUUACUGCUGCGUAUGUAGCGUUCAUCACUGCGAUGGUUGCUUUCUCAUUCACGUCUUUAUCCGCAGUUCACAUAUACGAUUUUCAUAUAUUCACAGCCAUUUAAAACCUAGGUAGUGGGAUAUAAGUUGUUGUUAUGUGAUGUUUUCUCUAGCUGCGUUGUGGUAAGUCUGGCAAUCUCUUAAAAGGUGCUUUUUCAGAAGAGUCGACCCUACGCAAGCGCAAUGACGAGCUACGCAAGGUUCCCCAUUGUUUGACAUUAUCCCAACAAAGCAAACCAAUUAUUUAUGUUGUAGCGCGCGUGCGUUUGUCGGCGUGCCCUUAGACCUACGUCAGAAUGACAAACCAGCCCAUGACGCUUUAAUUGAGAUACGAACUGGCCAAUAUUUCUUUCCAUGUUCAAUUUGCAGCAAUUAUCCACAAAGCGCAAGAUGUAAAGAAAAUUCAAGAAGACAUGGAAGCUUUGCGAAUCGAGUUAGCACAAAAGAACAUGCAGAUUCAGUCACUACAAUAUGACUUGUACAAAUUGAAAGAAAAAUACGACAAUGAAACGAAGUCACUGAAGAAUGAGGUGGAAUGGGGCCUAGAAAAAGUCGGAUCGCUGAAACUGGAGAUAAAGAGAUUGAGGGAACCUGAGACAGAUGAUACUAUUAGUAUAAUGCGGUAAGCUCUUCUUAAAAUAAAGCAUAACUUAGUCACCAGCUUUCCAAGGUAUGCUCGCUUUGGUUGCCAUACUGAGCAGAAAAAAAAUGUGGGUCAGUGUGUGAUCUGAACUGGGUUGGCGGCUGACUUGGAUAAUGCUUGCGUAGCAAGCAUGGCGUUUUGCAAAGCAACAUGUUCUCUCAGUUGUUAGGAAAAAAAAUUUAAAAAUCUCCGAGAAGUAAUUUCCAGCAUUCUGGGACAUAUUUGAGAAAAUCUCUUAGACAGAUAUUCAUGUUAGAAUCAGUUCAAAAGUUUUUUUUUUUUUUGUCUUUGAUCGCAAUUUACGAAGUAGCCGUUGCCAAACGGUCUAACAGCCAGCGCGUUUCCGCCGCCUACCGACUUCUAUUGACAACUUUAGAAAUUUUCAAUCGUCGGCCAUUUUGAAAAAUUAGUUAGUAUUACAGAGACCUUAGAUCAAUCAGGGCGCACUCAUCUCUAAAUUCACUUGAGCAAUUAUACUUGUAAAGCAGUAAGCAACGCCAUCAUUUGCCUGUGUCAUCCUCACGGUCUGCUAUUCUUAAAAAGUCCAACUCACGCUGGAAAGCACGUAUGAACUGUGAAGUCUUUGUGUCUCCGUGGAGAGCGUUUUAGCGCGGAAUCCGAAGGUCUGUGGAUCGAUUCUUCAUCGAGGCUCAGAACCGUUCCUUCGUCCUGCGCUUGUGACAUCUUCAUUAAUUAAUAAAGAGUUGUUUACAUCAAUUUUGUUUUAUUCUUUUUUUUUUCUCAAUUUCAGGGGUCAACCUGUCGCGUCCAACGAUAAGGAGAACAAUGAAGUAGGAGUCGUGUCUAAUGUGGCUAUUUAUUCUCUCAAGGCUAAGCUUGGAAAACUCGAAACUGAAACGCAAACUUUGAAAGAAAAUGUGAAAAAACUUGAAAAGGAGAAAUCGACUUUAACUUUACUCAAUACAGAAGCAAGGUAUUUUGUUUGUUAGUUGACAUUUCAUUUGCUUCUUUCCAUGCAUGGAACUGUUUUCGUCUUUAUUGUAGCAAGGUCACCCAUCGCAAUCUCGAAGUCCACGAGGCAAAUAAACAGCAAUUAAUUCUUCAGAGAGAUUUUUUGCUAGGUGUUGGUUAUUACACAUGCUUGAAAAAGGAAAAUCAGAGGAAAUUUUUUAAACUUGUCAUUCCCUUAAUUUUGCUUCAAAGAGGAAUGUUGCACAAAAAAAGGAUGUUUUAAAAAGUGGCGUUCAUUUUUAAGACAACUAAAAUUAAUUUACACUUUCUUGCAGCAAUAAGGUAGCCCAGCUUUGCUCUGAAAACAACGCACUUAAAACAGCCAGGAAGAAAUUAAUGGAAGAGUUUCAAAAGCUGAAAAGAGUACAAGAGAGUUCAAAAGCAAAGGACGAUUCCGUUGGGCGACUUCCAGAGGGUAAGAGCGCAUGCAUUCUAUAUACCUACUGAAAACUCAUAAAGCUCGCCUUAUUCUGUUUUCUUGCUACCACAAUUUUGGAGCAAAGUGGGGUUAUUAAAAGCGAAAUAACCGAGAAACGAAUAGAAUAGAAAAUGGAAGGAAGAGAUUGUGGCAUUUUCCGCUAAUAUAUCAACUUUGAAAUUAUAAAUGCAAUGUAAAGGUGUGUUCGGCACUUCUGGCAUUCUUCUUACCAACGGCUAAAAAAGUCGAACGCUGUCUCGGAGGAUUAAAACGAUCCUGUUCCUGAAUUAUGACUGGCUGUUGCGGUAAUCAUUGGCAGUGGUAGGGAAGGAAAUCGCAAAUUAGCGAUUUUUCCUCAUUCAAAAGCGCAGUGGUGAAAAUGAACCGCUUUUUUCGCCAGGUUUCCACUGUAAUCAAACAAAAAAUUGCAAGGGAACCGAAUAACGGGGACACGAGUAAUCCAAGUCAACCUUUCUUUCUGUUUUAUCUCCUUUCGUAGUCUCUACAGAAGCGCUUGAAAGACAAUCUAGGAAUUCAUCUGUUCUGAGUGAAUUAUCUACUUGCAGCGAAGCCCCGCCUACUGUUGAGCGCAAGCGGCUGAAACCAGAACCAAAGGAAAAUUUCCAAAAUUGGCUUUCAGGAGAUGCAGCUAAUAAUAUGUUUAAAGACGAGCCAAAUCAGUGUGCUAAUCAGUGAUGUUAUCAUGUGCAGCUCGGCGCUGGCCUGUUGAUUCAUAGAGCCAAUUUCACACUAGAGAAAUAACGACAAAGACCUGAAGGCAUAGCAGGGUUAAAACUGUAUGUCGAUGUUUUUAUGGUGUGAACAUACAGACAUAUUAAAAUAAGCGUAGUUCCCAUUUGCUUCAUAGAGAUAUCGCCGUUAUGUCGUCGUCAUCCCUACGAGUUUGCACGACAAUUUUAACCUCCCCAGUCGCUAGGCUUACUUUCUGUAAAUCAUUAUCACCAGUGCGAACCAGACAUAAGAUACUAAGUCACGAAAAAGGAUUAAGUCUUUGUUUUUAUCGACUGCUUUAAAAAAAUCAGAUGGGUGGAUUGGAUUCAAGUACGACUAGUUUUGGUUUUGCCAUGCGUUGAAUAAUGACAAUGAUGAUGUUGACGAUAACUGUGUGGCAGAGUCUUGAGAUUAAAUAACUUGUUCAUAAGAAGUGCCUCAAAUUGUCUUUGAUAACAUAAC